GGAGCGGGCGAUGUGGCUUCCUAUUUGCCAACAGCGGCGGCUGCACCAGCGGAGCCGGACUGGUGAUCGGAGCUGCCCGUCGGCUUCUGUGCUGGGGCUUCUCUCCUUGGGGCGCCCCUGGAAACUAAGGAAGGCAUUUUGGUGUACUGAAAGAAACAUGGUAGGAUCUUGAGUAUAUGGUGCUUCACAGCAGACGAAGAGGGAGAGAACAAUGGCGUCCAGAGAGAGGCUAUAUGAACUUUGGAUGCUCUAUUGCAAUAAGAAGGACCCAGACUACUUGAAGCUCUGGUUGGAUAGUUUCGUUUCUAGUUAUGAACAGUUUCUGGAUGUGGAUUUUGAGAAACUUCCCACUCGGGUGGAUGAUGUUCCUCCUGGAAUAUCACUGCUUCCUGAUAACAUUCUUCAGGUCUUGCGGCUUCAACUGCUCCAUUGUGUCCAGAAAUUGUCAGAAGGGUUAGAAGAACCACAACAGGCCCUGUCACUUCUCCUCGUCAAAUUUUUCAUUAUCCUUUGCAGAAAUUUGGCUAAUGUGGAAGAGAUUGGAACAUGCUCCUAUAUUAAUCACGUCAUUACAAUGACUACACUUUAUAUUCAGCAGUUAAAGAGUAAAACAAAAGAGAAAGAAGUGGCAGAUCAAACAUCUAUAGAAGAGUUUGUGAGACAUGCACUGGCCUUUUGUGAGAGUCUCUAUGAUCCAUAUCGAAACUGGAGACAAAGAAUUGCUGGGCGAAUUCUGAGCACUGUUGAGAAGAGCAGACAAAAGUACAAGCCAGCUUUACUCACAGUGGAGUUUGUCCCCUUCUUUUACCAGUGUUUUCAAGAAAGCGAACAUCUUAAAGAAAGCCUAAAAUGUUGCCUGCUGCAUCUCUUUGGAGCCAUUGUGGCCGGUGGGCAGAGAAAUGCUCUUCAAGCCAUAUCUCCUGCCACCAUGGAAGUCUUGAUGCGGGUUUUGGCCGACUGUGACAUGUGGGACAACAGAGACCCAGACGAAGUGAGCAGGAAAGCCGAGUUGACGCUCAAGUGCCUGACAGAAGUGGUGCACAUCCUUCUAACUAGCAGCUCGGAUCAGCGGCAAGUAGAAACCAGUACGAUCCUGGAGAAUUACUUCAAGUUGCUCAACUCAGACCACACAGCUCUGCCAAACUCAAGAAGAUCUCGUCAGUGGGAGAGCAGGUUCAUAGCCCUGCAGAUUCAAAUGCUGAAUACCAUCACUGCCAUGUUAGACUGCACAGAUAGGCCUGUUCUGCAAGCUAUUUUCCUUAACAGCAACUGCUUUGAGCAUCUGAUCCGACUUCUGCAGAAUUGCAAGCUGUUUUUAAGUGCUAGCGGUAAGGGGGCAGACAAGAAUGAGAAAGACCUUGCCAACCAAUUGCUGACAGAAAUGAAUCAGGAACAGGUGUUUCAAGGACAGCUGGACCGCCUGGCAGUGUCAGCUAUCCAAGCCCUCACAGCACUGAUGUACAAGUCUCCAGCUGCUAAGGAAGUGUUUAAGGAACGAAUUGGUUAUGCCCAUAUAUUUGAGGUGCUGAAAUCGAUGGGUCAACCUUCACAAGAACUACUUGAAGAACUUUUGAAUAUGGCGGUUGAGGGUGACCAUGCAGCUGUUGGACUUCUCGGCAUCAGCAACGUCCAGCCCUUAUUGCUGCUGAUUCAAUGGCUUCCGGAGCUGGAGUCCUAUGAUCUUCAGGUCUUCAUCUCAAACUUGCUAAAGCGGAUUUGUUGCAUUAACCGACAGAGCCGGGCGAUCUGCGUCAAUACGAACAUGGUCAUGCGCAUCAUUGAGACACUCGGUCAACACUCCCAGCUGCAUGGAGCCUGCGCCGAGAACCUCAUUGCCCUGUUGGGUUCUUUGGGGAGCCAGUCUAUGAGCUCUGAAGAACUCCGCCAGCUAAUUAGGCUCCUGAGGAUUAAUGACCCAAAGCAGGCACACUCUUACGUUGUCCCAGUGAUGCGUGCCAUUCUUACGAUGGCUCGAAAGCAAGGCCUGGACAAUGCCUUGCAGUAUUUUGACUUGUCCCACAGCAUGGCAGGCAUCUCGGUGCCACCUAUUCAGAAAUGGCCGGGAUCUGCAUUUGCUUUCAGUGCUUGGCUAUGCCUGGACCAGGACCAAGUGACUCCCAGUGCCAGCAACAAGGGUGGCAAGAGGAAACAACUCUACAGUUUUUUUACAGCUAGCGGGAUGGGCUUUGAGGCCUUCAUUACCUGUUCAGGGAUGCUUGUGGUCGCUGUUUGCACAAAGAGGGAAUAUGCUACUGUGAUGCUGUCGGACCAUUGCUUCUGUGAUUCUCUCUGGCAUAAUAUCACCAUUGUUCAUAUGCCUGGGAAAAGGCCAUUUGGUCAAAGCCUUGUCUACAUUUAUGUAAAUGGGCAGCAGAAGAUCUCAGCACCGCUUCGAUUUCCUGCCAUGAAUGAACCUUUCACAUCAUGCUGCAUUGGUUCUGCUGGCCAAAGGACGACCACCCCGCCACCAUCCCAGAUCCCAGACCCACCUUUUUCAUCCCCUGUGUUGCCUCAUCGGACCUCCCUCGGUGGGAUUCUCAGUCCAGGUGGCUGGAGCGGUCUUCUAGGGAAGCCGGAAGUCAUCACCAAGUUGAUCUCAGCAGGAACUCAAGACAGCGAGUGGGGUUGUCCUACCUCUCUGGAGGGCCAUCUUGGAUCGGUUAUCAUAUUCCAUGAAGUCCUGCAGCCUUCUCAUGUGAAAGCCUUAUACCUGGCAGGUCCAAACUGCUUAACACCAUGGAAAUGCCAAGAAUCUGAAGUGGCUGAUUUGCCCAGUAAAAUACUUCUUCAUUAUACUCCCAAGGCCUGCAGAAGCCCAAUAUGUCUUGAUCUUUCUGCCAAUCUUCUCCAUGGAAGGCUAACUGGGAACAAAGUUGUGAACUGGGACAUUAAGGAUAUGAUCAAUUGCAUAGGUGGCUUAAAUGUGCUGUUCCCGCUGCUAGAACAGAUCAGCCUCCUGGAUGGGCAUUUACCGGAGAGGCUGGAUGUGGAACCGGUGCCUCCUGAAUUGAUGACUCCUGUCGAAGGAGAUUGGGUGAUGUUAACCUCCACCAGGGCGUCAGAGGCUCGCUUAGAGAAGAACCUUGUUGCAACUUUCAUCUUGAUGAUAAAGCACUUUAUACAAAGGCAUCCAAUUAACCAGGAUAAUUUGGUUCACACCUAUGGAGUUGCAACCUUAGGUGUUCUUUUGCAAAAGAUCCCCAGUAGCUUUGUGGAUGUGAAUAUACUGAUGGCGGUCCAGUUACUGAUAGAACAGGUCACUGUGGCAAAGAAUGUGCAGCUUUUGCAGCAGAUGUAUCAGCACUUGCUUUUUGACUUCAGCAUCUGGAACCGGGGAGACUUUCCAUUCCGAAUUGGCCACAUCCAGUACAUCUCCACAAUCAUCAGGGAUAGCAGGAGGCUCUUUCGGAAAAAAUAUGGUGUACAGUUUUUGCUGGAUACUCUCAGGAUUUAUUAUGGGAGUGGCUGCAAAGACAGUGAUUUGUCUCCAGAUGAUCUUAAAACAAUAAGAACAUCUCUGUACGGCUUGAUCAAGUAUUUCUUGAGCAAAGGUGGGAUGCAUGAAGAAGUACAAAGCAUCAUGGGAUACAUAGCUGCUAUCAGUGAUGAGGAGCAGCUCUGUGGGAUCCUGGAGGUGCUCUUCAGCCUGCUUCAUACUAGCCCAACCCGAGACCAGCUUUUCUUGUUGCUUUUUGAGCCUGGAAAUGCAGACAUCCUUUAUGCUCUCUUGCUGAAUCAGAGGUCCUCGGAUAAACUAAAGGAGCUUGUCUUCAAGAUUGUGGAUCAAAUGCUCAAGUGCACCAAAGUGUAUGAGAGGAGUAAGCAGCGUCUGAAACUCAGAGAAGUUGGGUAUUCUGGGCUGGGACUGCUCCUGAACGACUCUCCAAUUACCACAUCUCUGAUUAAGAACCUUCUCAAUCAAGUUCUGCAUGCUGAUCCAGUUGUGAAUCUCAGGGACUUUAUUGCCUUGGCACAUUUGGCUCACCGAGCAGAUAUAAACGUCAGAGUGGCCAUUUGCCGAAAGCUUCUGCAAAUUCUACACUCCCAGCAGGAUUCAGGACAACAGAUUUCUCAGCAGCUUGGCUGGCAAGAGACGUUGGCUAGGCUCUUCCUCAAAGAGAACGCUGACAUCAGGAACGGUGGGAAGGAGUACAGAAAUGACUCUGCCAAGGAGGAUGAAAGGCGACCGCCUGCCAAAGACCCUCAGAAAUGCCAUUUGUCCAAAGUAGAUGGGGAGGAUGACUGCAGUUUUGCCUCUGUCAAUGGUUCGUGUGAUCAGUGGAGCUUAGAAGAUGGCAAAUCUGGGACAGGGCUUGAGGACACCUCCGUGGGAGAGAUGUCGUUCAGACCUGAGGACCAAGAAGAGUUGUGGCAAAAGAAUCCUUCGCACUUGAGUUUGGACUUGUCAAGUGUUGACUCCUAUGAACUGGGCGACAGUGGGAGCCAAAUGGCAGAUAGCUUGCCCAGCACCCCUUCACCCAUUGAUAACACUAAAACGUUUUCUGGGCAUCUUGACAAAGAAUCAAAUGCUGCAGAGGAGGUGGUGGCGUUCACUUCUGAUCUCUCAUUAUUUGAAAUCCAUGAGGCAUGCGAAGAGGACCUGGUACAGUUGCUCACAGAUGUGCUGCUCUGUGUGAUGUGGAAAGGCAUAGAAAGGUCUGAUGAUGCUUCUUGGAUUGAGAGGGGCCAGGUUUUUUCAGCUCUCACCAAACUCGGGAUAUCCAACGAGCUAUUACGACCAUCAGAUGAAAUUAAGCUCAAUUUGCUGGAGAAGAUGCUUGAAUGGGCCGUCACUGACAGCAGAGAUGCCAAAUCUCUUCCAAUGUAUGCAGAAAAUGCCUUCCGUCUUCUGUUCAUUGUGCAGGAUUUCCUGCAAGCAGAAGGUCUUGUAAAUUCAAAUCUCUGGACAGAAAAGCUGUUGGAAGAGCUGGUGACUCUCAUGGAUACAAUGUCAGUUUUGUACACUUCUGGCCCAGAGUAUGCGAAGCUCUACCAAGUACAGAUCCAGUUGCUUCUUGGAUUCAUUGGUCAAGAUAAUUUGCAGGUUUGUGCCAUGGCUGCAGCCAAACUCAACACCCUUCUUCAGACGAAAGUACUGGACAACCAAGCAGAGUCCUGCUACCUUCUGGGCAAGCUGGAAGGAAUCUUGAGCAGAUCAAUCCGAGAGAAGACAGAAACCUAUUCCUUCUUGAUCCCUCUUGUCCGAACUCUUGUUUCCAAAAUAUAUGACCUUUUGUUUAUGAACCUGCACUUGCCUUCCCUGCCUUCUACUAAUGGAAGCCCCUCGUUCUUUGAGGACUUCCAGGACUACUGCGCCACAGAUGAAUGGCAGGUUUAUAUUGAUAAAUAUAUUAUCCCAAAUAUGAAGCAAUAUGAACUCAGCACUUUCAGCGAUAGUCAUGAACAGAUGGCAGUGUAUUGGAAAGAUUGCUAUGAGGCACUGAUGGUGAACAUCCAUAAGCGAGAGCGGGAGAGAGGAGAAAGCAAGCUCAAAUUUCAGGAGUUUUUUGUGGAGCCAUUUAACCGCAAGGCACGGCAGGAAAACAUGCGUUACAACAGCAUGUUGAAACAGCUGAAUAAUCAGCACACGGCGACUCUGAGACAGUGGAGGGCGACCAGACUCUACCUCACUUGUGAACAGGGCCCCUGGGCUGAAAGGAAACCAAAUCGUAUCCACUGGAAACUUUCAAAUGUGGAAAAUUACUCACGAAUGAGGCUAAAAUUGGUACAGAAUUACAAUUUCAACUCUCACCAGGAAGCCAGUGCUCUGAGAGACAAUCUAGGAGUGCAACAGACGCUGCCGUCUAGUGAGACUUUGCUGCUGGAGGCUGUGAAGCAAGUGAAAGUCAGUGACAUGGAGGAUGAUAUCCUUGAACUGCCAGACGAAGAUGUGACAUCCAAUGCAAACAUGGAUGAGAAGGAAGAACAGAGUCAAAAGGAAAAACUAGUGCUCUCUGAAGACUGUGAACUUAUUACAAUUAUUAACGUAAUACCUGGCAGACUGGAGGUCACUACCCAACAUAUUUAUUUCUAUGAUGGCAGUAUUGAAAAAGAGGAAGGUAUCGGUUUUGAUUUCAAAUGGCCUCUCUCUCAAAUUCGAGAGAUUCACUUACGUCGCUAUAAUUUGAGAAGAUCAGCCUUGGAAAUCUUCUUUAUCGACCAGACCAAUUACUUUCUUAAUUUUAAGAAGGAGGCAAGAAACAAAGUGUAUAGCCGAAUUCUGUCCCUGUGCUCUCCAAAUAUUAGUGGGACCAGAUCUCCACAGGAACUGUUUAAAGCCUCAGGACUGACCCAGAAAUGGGUGAACAGAGAGAUUUCGAACUUUGACUACCUCAUUCAGUUAAAUACUAUGGCGGGACGAACCUAUAAUGACCUUGCACAGUAUCCUGUUUUUCCAUGGAUCCUGCGGGAUUACACUUCAGAAGAAUUAGACUUGAAUAAUCCUGCUGUAUUUCGGGAUUUGUCUAAACCUAUUGGUGUGGCAAAUGAAAAGAAUGCCAAGGCUGUUCGUGAAAGGUAUGAAAAUUUCGAAGAUCCUUUGGGGAUUGUUGACAAGUUCCAUUAUGGUACUCACUACUCCAAUGCUGCUGGGGUCAUGCAUUACCUCAUUCGGGUAGAGCCUUUUACCACACUGCAUAUCCAGCUUCAGAGUGGCAGAUUUGAUUGUGCAGAUCGGCAGUUCCAUUCCAUUGCUGCUACCUGGCAAGCUCUGAUGGAGAAUCCGAAUGAUGUGAAGGAGCUGAUUCCAGAAUUCUUCUACUUCCCAGAAUUCUUAGAAAAUCAAAAUAAUUUCAACUUGGGUCAGCUGCAGAUCUCAAAAGAAGUGGUGAACGACGUUGUCCUCCCCAAAUGGGCCCAUUCGCCAGAGGACUUCAUUGAUAAACACAGGAAAGCAUUGGAAUCAGAGUAUGUCUCUGCCCAUCUCCAUGAAUGGAUAGAUCUGAUAUUUGGGUACAAGCAGAGGGGACCAGCUGCAGUAGAGGCCCUGAAUGUCUUCUAUUACUGUAGCUACGAAGGAGCUGUAGAUCUGGAUGCUUUAACAGAUGAGAAAGAAAGGAAAGCUUUAGAAGGAAUGAUUAAUAAUUUUGGACAAACACCUUGUCAGCUACUGAAGGAGCCACAUCCUGCAAGACUGUCUGCAGAGGAAGUGUUGCAGAAGCAGACCAAAAAUGAAAAUUCCACUCUUAAUUUGUUCCAGCAUCUCCCUGAACUGAAGUCUUUCUUCAUUGAGGGAAUCAGUGAUGGGGUACCCAUUGUUAAGGCCAUUGUCCCCAGGAAUCAGUAUCGUUCUUUUAUGUCACAGGGCAGCCCAGAGACCUUGGUAACAGUUAGUCUCAACUGCAUUGUCGGAACCCAUGGAUGGCUGCCUUAUGACCGAAAUAUCUCCAACUAUUUCACUUUCCUCAAAGAUCAAACAGUGACAAAUCCCAAGACGCAGCGGAGUGUGAGUGGCCCUUUUGCACCAGGACUGGAGAUCACACCCAAGUUGUUUGUCGUGUCCCACGAUGCAAAACUGCUCUUUAGUGGAGGGCAUUGGGACAAUAGCAUCAGAGUGACCUCGCUCACCAAAGGGAAGUUGAUGGCACAACAUAUUAGGCACAUGGAUAUCGUGACAUGCCUGGCCAUGGAUUUCUGUGGCAUCCAUUUGAUUUCGGGCUCAAGGGACACCACUUGUAUGAUAUGGCAAAUAGUUCAGCAGGGAGGAGCACCUGUAGGUUUGGCUCCUAAACCGUUGCAGAUUCUCUACGGCCAUACUAGUGAAGUAUCCUGUGUUGGCAUCAGUACGGAACUGGAUAUGGCCAUCUCGGGAGCCAGGGACGGGACUGUGAUUGUUCAUACCAUUCGGAAAGGUCAAUACAUGAAGACUCUGCGGCCGCCCUGUGAGAGUUCCCUCUUGCUCACUGUUCCAAACCUAGCUGUCUCUUGGGAAGGACACAUAGUCAUCCAUACGAGUAUAGAAGGAAAGACAUCUCUCAAGGAUAAGAAUGCACUGCACCUCUAUUCUGUGAAUGGAAAGCAUUUGGGCUCUGAGAGCCUGAAGGAGGAAGUGUCAGAUCUCUCUGUGACUGGGGAGUAUAUCGUGAUGGGGAGCAUGCAGGGAUUCCUGUCCAUACGGGAUCUCUACAGCCUAAGCCUUAGCAUCUCUCCCUUAGCCAUGCGACUGCCAAUCCGCUGCAUCUCUGUCACCAAGGAGUCCAGUCAUAUUCUGGUGGGCCUGGAAGACGGCAAGUUGAUUGUCAUUGGCGUUGGCAAGCCAGCAGAGAUGCGUGCAGGCCAACUCUCCCGAAAACUAUGGGGUUCAAGCAAACGGAUCAGCCAGAUUUCAUCAGGAGAAACUGAAUAUAACACUCAAGAUUCCGUGUGAUUUCCACUCCUGCCUUCUCUUGAGGGGGGGGAAGGGAUUUUCUAUAAAUUUAUUUAAUCUUCUGAUCAGUUUUUCAAUCAUAUCUCCUCACUUUCUUAGAUUGGAGCAGCAGCACGAUUUCCAGAGGCACAUAAUGAGAAUUAGCCUGUACAAUCUAUAGGUAUUUAUAAUUAAAAUGUUAUAAAUGGAAGCAAUAAGCUAUUUCAUCCCCAAACAUACAGUAAGUGCACACAUUAUCAUACCCUCUAUCUUUCAGCUCUGCUGGGUGGGGCUCUGCCUCUCUUGUGCAUGAUUUUGCCCCUGUGUGUGUGUGUGACUCUGCCUCACCCCUGCAUGCAGGGUUCCAUCAUGACUGGAACCUAAUAUGAUUGCUGUGCAGAGGAAGACAGUAGCACACGAGGAGGCAUAGGCAUGCACAUGCGCGCAUGCACCCAGCUUAGAGGGAACCUUGGUGCCCCUGUAUGUGUCUUACUGGGAACCUGAAAAAUUUGAUAGAUAACUGACAUUCACAUGUGAAUCCUAGCAAUCGUAGGUAGAUAAUCUUUGAAAUCGAGGUUUUCACGCUUUGUGGACAUAACUCACUAGAUGCUGACCAAGAUUUUCAGGUCAAUUGUUACCUCUGUAAAUGCAAGGUUUGGGACAUUCACUUCAUUUGCCUGUGACUACUGACAUUCAGACAUCCUUGCAAACUGAAGUCCAUGAUCCAGUGAUCUGAUUUCUCAGUGCAGUGACCAUCUGCAGCAAAAUUUUGCAGUUAAUUUCUCCCCGCUCUCUCUUUUUCUUUCAGAGUAAACACAAACUGCUCAUGCACAGUUUGUGUUUAUAAAUCUCAAGCUAGCUUGAAAUUCAAAGUGUUUGGGGGCUCAGAGAGAACUGAUGUGCCAAAGCCGCCUUAAUUCCAGAAAUCUGAACUUAAAUACUAAAGGUUCUAGAUGGGAGGGAAUCAAAGUAGUUUGGGAGAUACAGUAUCACUUGUACAGUAUAUUGUUUAGAUGUAUUUGUUUGGUAUUUAUUGCUACACAUUGUUGUUAUUGUAUUAACUGUCUCUGCUCAGGCCAGUUACUUAAGAGACGUCUCUGUUAUACUUUUUAGCUGUCACAAGUUGGUUUGUUAAUGCUUGCAAAUGAAUAGAAGGGGAGAACCGUGUGGCCCAUUUCUUAACGGUGGUAGCAGGACACUCCUGAAUCUGCUCCCAAAAGGAAGAACUCCUUCCAGGUAUCAGAAUUAGAGGGGAAACAGAUCGAGUUCCCCACAGUCACAAAAACAGUUACUGUAGUUGAAAUUGAAACAGUAGGAUCAUCAUGUGCUGUUUUUAUUUAUACACUAUGCUUGAGUCAUCAAGGGCUCAUCUGUUUAACAGGUACAGGUCUCUAUAUAGCAUCUGGUUUUUGGGGUGUGAGUCUAUACAUGGAAAAGGUAUGUGAAGGCGUAAAGGGAGAUGUCUAUGCAUUUCUUCUGCAUAUUAGAUAAAGUAUUGAAGCACAGUGUUCACUUAAUUCUAGGGCAUAGAUAUGUGACCCAACACCAUAAGGCAUCCCUUCUCCCGUAGUCACUGGUAUGCUGACAAGAGCAGUCACUUUUACACCGGGAGAGAGGGAACUUUGCAAACUGAAGUUGGGCUGUACUAGUACUUUCAGAGUUUGAUGUAAGUGUAUUUUAGAGAGUGGGAAGAAGUACACCUAUGCACCCGGUGCGACUGAUUUUGACUGUAUUUCACAGGCAAAAGCCAUGCCCACUGAAACCAAGAGGGUUAAGUUAAGCAGUUUUAAACUUAUGUUGGAAGGAGGCUAGGGUGUUUUGCAUUCUGUCAAGAGUGCUCCAAAGGGGGAAUUUCCUUCCUUAUGGGAGUUUCUCUGGAAGCUGGAUACCAAACAGGGAUCAGAUUAGCUAUCUGAUGUGCCUGUGGCAGAUGGUAACAUUUCAAUAUCUCUUGAUGUUUUGUGGGUGGGUUGUUUGGAAAAACCAAACAAGAUCAAACUGGUCUUAGCAUUUAAUUACUUGGUAGUCUCUACUUUCCCCAGUAAUAGAAAUAUUAUCUUAGCAGGAGUCAUACUGGGAAAGCCCAUGGGGGUGGGCUUUUAUUUAUUGGUGCAAUUCGUCAUUGUGGAGGUACUAAAUUUAGCUUCGGAAGGGAGUGAGUACGCAUAGCUAGCCUAGUGUUCUUUUAUAGAGCCUGGAAAACAUAGUUCCUGGAACUUCACUUCCCAGAAUUCCCCCCCCCCCCCCCAAAUCAACAUGCCCUCCUGCAACCAAUUUGGUCAUGCUAGCCGGGGGGCCUGAGAGUCAUUGUCACUAUUGUUUUAGAAAAGUAACAACCAUUGUUGACUUAAUAGAUAUCACUUUGUUGUUACUUUCGAAAAUGCCCUCUUACUUGCCUGUUAUUGUGCAUCUUCUUUAUUCAUUUUGAUGCUGCAAAAAUUAAAAUAACACACACACACACACAAGGAGGACGUACUGCACAGUAGUUUAGAAUGAUAGGUCUUGUGGAUAAUCAGUAACUUGCCUUGGAAAUUGUGCUGCUAGUAAACAGAUUUAUUUUUUAAAAAUCACUUAAUGGGUGCCUCUGCAUUUGCUUCAAACACUACACAUAUGGUAGAAACGGAACACUACGCCUUAUGUAUAUGGAGGCAAAUGAUGGUCUCAUACUGAUUAUUCUGCUCGUGCAACUGUGAUUGAUUACAAACAGAUUUUAAUGCCAAAAAUGCCUUCAAAUUUAUUGUAGAAGUGUUUUGAUAUAGUUAGUUUCAACUAGCCUUCAUGUAAUGUCAAAAAAAUUUUCUGUUAGUCUUCUGUGCAAUACAUUUCCUCUUUUUCGGGGUGCUUUUGAGGUUAAAUAAUAUACUAUUUGUAUUAUUUUAAUGUUCUAGUGGUAUGGUUUAAUAAUGUUGAGCUUGUAUGUACAUAUGUAUAUUGGCUAACAUUGAAUUUCUUUCUGUACAGCAUGGUGGAAAAUGUUUUAAAAUUUGCACUUUGUAGGAUUUACAGAUUUGUAAUUUAACCCUUUUUAAAAAUGCUUGCUUACUUUGUACAUAGAAUUGGAUUGUCAAAAUUAGGUUUGUAUAUAACGGAAGGGUCUGAAACCAAUUAAAUACAAAAGAAACAUGUCCUUGGUCUCUUAA